AUGUCCGUGAAGAAAGUUGCCAUAGUAACUGGAGCGAGCUCUGGGAUUGGCCGCGGUGCCGCUCGUAUUUUGGCAAAAAAUGGGUAUCGAGUGUCUUUGACAGGAAGAAACGAGAAAGCGUUGAAAGAACUGGCAGAGAAUGUUAAAAGAGAGUUCGGGCUCACAGAUUCUGAGAUUCAUAUCACCGCCGUCGAUUUGAACGCUCCAGAAGCGCCUGAACUAAUAGUUGGAAGCACUAUUGAGAAAUUUGGACAAAUUGAUACGUUGAUUAAUUCUGCUGGAAUUCUGAGAAAUGGCGCAAUUAUCGACACCGGGAUUGAGGUUUUCGAUGAGCUAGUCGAUGUCAAUGUUAGAGGACUUAUCCGAAUCACGAGAGCCUCACUACCUCAUAUUAUUAAGACGAAAGGGACUGUUGUCAAUGUUAGUAGCAUCACAGGUCCAUGUCCGUUUGCCGGAGUUGCCUAUUAUUGCAUGACGAAAUCGAUGGUAGAUCAAUUUACGAAAUGUUUGGCACUUGAAAUGGCUCCAAAUGGGGUCCGUGUGAACGCUGUGAAUCCUGGUGUGAUUAUCACGAAUGUCCAUCGCGCUUCGGGCCUUGAUGAAAAGGCUUAUGCGGAAUUUUUGGAGAAAUGCAAAUCCACUCACGCUUUGGGAAGGCCCGGAGAUGUUGAGGAGGUUGCUGAAGCUAUUUUGUUCCUUGCGACUGAACGAAGCUCAUUCACCACCGGAGAGCUUCUUCGUGUUGAUGGCGGCAGAGGAAUCAUGCAUCCACGUUAA